CCCCAGCGAGCGGCGGACGGGCGAGCGGGCGGGCGGAGAGGAGCGGCGGCGCGGCCCGCGGCCAUGGCGUCCUACGUGGAUAACAGCUUCCGCCAGGCGGUGAUGAAGAACCCGGCUGAGCGCACCCCGCAGGACCUGGAAAUAGUAUAUUCCUAUUUGCAUGGCAUGGAAGCCUUGUCCAACUUGAGAGAGCAUCAGCUUCGAUUAAUGUGUGAAACUGUGAGAUAUGAAAGACAUGAAGCAAACGAAGUUUUAUACUAUCCCGAUGACAUUGGGACCUGCUGGUACAUCCUGCUGUCCGGUUCCGUGUUCAUUAAGGAGUCCAUGUUCCUCCCGAGAAGCAGUUUCGGCAAGCGUUCUGCAGGGAGCUUCAGGCGGGGCUGUGAGUGCAUUGUUCUAGAGCCUUCUGAAAUGAUUGUGGUGGACUAUAUGGAUGAAAAUGAAGAAUAUUUUCAGCGUCAAGCCUCUCAUAGACAGUCUCGAAGAAGAUUUAGAAAAAUCAACCAAAAAGGUGAAAGACAAACAAUUAUUGACACUGUGGAUCCUUAUCCUAUGGGCAAACCACCCUUGCCUAGAGGCUAUCAUACGGAAUGCACUAAAUCUCAGACUGCAGAGACCGUAUGGUGCCCAGUUGCUCACUGCUGCCUUGAUAUGCUUCCUGCAGAUUUUACAAAACUGCACCUUACUGACAGCCUCCACCCCCAGGUGACGCACGUCUCCUCCAGCCACUCAGGAUGUAGCAUCACCAGCGACUCUGGGAGCAGCAGUCUUUCUGAUAUUUACCAGGCCACAGAAAGUGAGGCUGGCGAUAUGGACUUGAGCGGGUUACCAGAAACGGCGGUGGACUCUGAGGACGACGACGACGAGGAGGACAUCGAGAGGGCCUCGGACCCGCUGAUGAGCAGGGAUGUCGUGCGGGACUGUCUGGAGAAGGACCCAAUCGACAGGACUGACGAUGACAUUGAACAACUUCUGGAAUUCAUGCACCAGCUGCCUGCCUUUGCGAACAUGACGAUGUCGGUGCGGCGAGAGCUUUGUGCUGUCAUGGUAUUUGCUGUGGUGGAGAGAGCAGGGACCAUCGUGCUAAAUGAUGGUGAAGAGCUGGACUCCUGGUCUGUGAUUCUCAAUGGUUCUGUGGAAGUGACUUACCCAGACGGAAAAGCAGAAAUACUGUGCAUGGGAAAUAGUUUUGGCGUCUCUCCUACCAUGGACAAAGAGUACAUGAAAGGAGUGAUGAGAACGAAGGUGGAUGACUGCCAGUUUGUCUGCAUCGCACAACAAGAUUAUUGCCGUAUCCUCAACCAAGUGGAGAAGAACAUGCAGAAAGUUGAAGAGGAGGGAGAGAUCGUCAUGGUAAAAGAGCACCGAGAGCUUGACCGGACCGGAACCAGGAAGGGCCACAUUGUCAUCAAGGGCACCUCCGAGAGGCUGACAAUGCAUCUGGUGGAGGAGCACUCGGUGGUGGAUCCAACCUUCAUAGAGGACUUCCUGCUGACCUACCGGACAUUCCUGUCUAGCCCAAUGGAAGUGGGCAAGAAGUUGCUGGAGUGGUUUAACGACCCGACCCUCAGGGAUAAGGUGACACGGGUAGUCCUGCUGUGGGUGAACAAUCACUUCAAUGACUUCGAAGGAGACCCUGCAAUGACUCGAUUUCUAGAAGAGUUUGAAAAUAACCUGGAAAGAGAGAAAAUGGGUGGCCACCUCAGGCUGUUGAACAUUGCCUGUGCUGCGAAAGCCAAACGAAGGCUCAUGACGCUGACCAAGCCAUGCCGAGAGGCCCCGCUGCCCUUCCUCUUGCUCGGCGGCUCUGAGAAGGGCUUUGGGAUCUUUGUGGACAGCGUGGACCCCGGCAGCAAAGCGGCCGAGGCUGGCUUGAAGCGUGGCGAUCAGAUAUUAGAAGUAAAUGGUCAAAACUUUGAAAAUAUCCAGCUGUCAAAAGCCAUGGAAAUUCUUAGAAAUAACACACAUCUGUCUAUCACUGUGAAAACAAAUUUAUUUGUAUUUAAAGAACUUCUAACAAGAUUGUCAGAAGAAAAGAGAAAUGGUGCCCCACACCUCCCUAAAAUUGGAGACAUCAAGAAGGCGAGCCGCUACUCCAUCCCGGACCUGGCGGUGGACGUGGAGCAGGUGAUCGGCCUGGAGAAGGUGAACAAGAAGAGCAAAGCCAACACGGUGGGAGGGAGGAACAAGCUAAAGAAGAUCCUCGACAAGACCCGGAUCAGCAUCUUGCCUCAGAAACCAUACAAUGAUAUUGGGAUUGGUCAGUCCCAGGACGACAGCAUAGUGGGGCUGCGGCAGACUAAGCACAUCCCAGCCGCCCUGCCUGUCAGCGGGACCUUGUCCUCCAGCAAUCCCGACCUGCUGCAGUCACAUCACCGGAUCCUGGACUUCAGCGCCACUCCUGACUUGCCAGAUCAAGUGCUGAGGGUUUUUAAGGCUGAUCAGCAGAGCCGAUAUAUCAUGAUCAGUAAGGAUACCACGGCAAAGGAAGUGGUCAUCCAGGCCAUCAGGGAGUUUGCCAUCACUGCCACUCCAGAUCAGUAUUCGCUGUGCGAGGUCUCCGUCACCCCAGAGGGUGUCAUCAAACAAAGGCGACUUCCAGACCAGCUCUCCAAACUUGCUGACAGAAUACAGCUGAGUGGAAGGUACUACCUGAAAAACAACAUGGAGACAGAGACCCUGUGCUCAGAUGAGGACGCGCAAGAGCUGCUGCGCGAGAGCCAGAUUUCCCUGCUGCAGCUCAGCACCGUGGAGGUCUCCACACAGCUCUCCAUGCGCAACUUUGAGCUCUUCCGGAACAUCGAGCCCACCGAGUACAUCGACGACCUGUUCAAGUUGAGGUCAAAAACCAGCUGUGCCAACCUGAAGAUGUUCGAGGAGGUCAUCAACCAGGAGACCUUCUGGGUGGCCUCGGAGAUUCUCAGGGAAACAAACCAGCUGAAGAGGAUGAAGAUCAUUAAGCAUUUCAUCAAGAUAGCACUGCACUGCAGGGAGUGCAAGAACUUCAACUCCAUGUUCGCCAUCAUCAGUGGCCUGAACCUGGCACCAGUGGCAAGACUUCGGACCACCUGGGAAAAACUUCCCAAUAAAUAUGAAAAGCUGUUUCAGGAUCUCCAAGACCUGUUUGAUCCUUCCAGAAACAUGGCCAAGUACCGCAAUGUCCUCAACAGUCAGAACCUGCAGCCCCCCAUCAUCCCCCUGUUCCCAGUCAUCAAGAAGGAUCUCACCUUCCUGCACGAAGGAAAUGACUCAAAAGUAGAUGGACUGGUCAACUUUGAGAAGCUCAGGAUGAUUGCCAAGGAAAUUCGUCACGUGGGCCGUAUGGCCUCAGUAAACAUGGACCCGGCUCUCAUGUUCAGGACUCGGAAGAAGAAGUGGCGCAGUCUGGGGUCCCUCAGCCAGGGCAGCGCAAACGCAGCAGUGCUGGAUGUCGCCCAGACAGGCGGGCACAAGAAGCGGGUGCGCCGCAGUUCCUUCCUCAAUGCCAAGAAGCUCUACGAGGAUGCCCAGAUGGCUCGCAAAGUGAAGCAGUACCUGUCCAACCUGGAGCUCGAGAUGGACGAGGAGAGCCUGCAGACGCUGUCGCUGCAGUGUGAGCCAGCGAGCAGCACUCUGCCCAAGAACCCUGGUGACAAAAAGCCUGUCAAAUCUGAGACCUCCCCGGUGGCACCCAGGGCAGGGACGCAGCAGAAGGCUCAGCUGCAGCCCCCGCCACAGCCACAGCCAGUGCAGAAGCUUGGCCAGGGCCUGCAGGUGCCCGCCGUGUCCCUCUACCCAUCCCGGAAGAAGGUGCCUGUCAAGGACCUCCCGCCCUUCGGCAUAAACUCUCCGCAAGCUUUAAAAAAGAUCCUCUCGCUGUCUGAAGAAGGCAGUCUGGAGCGCCACCGGAAGCAGGCGGAGGACACGCUGUCCAGUGCGUCCUCGCAGCUCUCAUCCCCGCCCACGUCCCCGCAGAGCUCGCCCAGGAAAGGGUACACCCUGGCCCCUAGUGGGACCGUGGACAACUUCUCCGACUCUGGCCACAGCGAGAUCUCCUCUAGGUCCAGUAUCGUCAGCAACUCUUCCUUCGACUCGGUGCCCGUGGCCCUGCACGAGGAGCGGAGGCAGCGGCACUCCGUGAGCCUGGUGGAGAGCGGCCUGGGUGUUGGCCGGGCAGAGCGGCGGACAGUGCUAGAGCCAGACCAGUACAGCCUGGGGUCCUAUGCAGCCACAGCUGAGGCCCGGGGCAUGUUCGCCACAGCCACGGUGCUCACCUCCCCAAGCGCUGAGGAGCUCUCUCAGGACCAGGGUGACCGCGCAUCCCUGGACGCUGCUGACAGCGGCCGCGGGAGCUGGACCUCGUGCUCCAGUGGCUCACACGACAACAUCCAGACCAUCCAGCACCAGAGGAGCUGGGAGACGCUGCCAUUCGGGCAUGCGCCCUGCGAUUACCCUGGGGACCCCACGGGGCUGUGGGCUGCCGGAGGCCACCUGGACCACACGAUGUUUGCCGAGCAUGGCCAGAAGGGCAGCAGGCAGAACCCAAGUAGAGAAAGCCUGGAGCAGGCACAGUCCCGAGCCAGCUGGGCCUCUCCCACUGGCUACUGGGGCGAAGAUGCGGAAGGGGACACAGGCACCAUCAAGCGGAGGGGCGGCAAGGACGUGUCCCUGGAAGCCGAGAGUGGCAGCAGCCUGGCGCCCGCGCCCACAGAGGAGCCCAAGGCUGGCACUGUGCCAGCCCACGGGGCGGCCACCUCGAGCGCUGCCAAGGGGCUGGUCGCACGAAAGGAGGGCCGGUACCGGGAGCCACCGCCAACCCCGCCUGGCUACGUGGGCAUCCCAAUCUCAGACUUCGAGGCGCCUCCGCAUCCAGCACGCCGGCCACCGGACUACACCGUGGCGCUGCAGCGCUCGCGCAUGGUGGCGCGGCCCGCGGAGGUCUCGUCCUCGGCACCAGGCAGCAGGCAGGGCAGCAGGCCGCAGUGGCACAAGCUGGGUGAGGCUGAUCCACGUCUGGCCCCUUACCAGGCUCAGGGCUUCUCCACGGAGGAAGACGAGGAUGAGCAGGUGUCCGCUGUGUGAGGCACAGGCCCGGGCAUCAAGCCAGGCAGAAGGGCGCACAGAGGACAGCAUCCAACCUGGGCCUUGGAGCAGAGCUUGCCCUACGACCUGGGACCUCGCCUGCCUGCAGCCAGCUGUUGGCUGCUCCUUCUACCCCUUUGCAUGUGAAUACUGUGAAGACCUCACCGGCACUUUCCAGACUUUGUUGCUUGAAAUGCACAGAGCAGCUGUCUCUGAGUGCAGCGGGCCUCGCCUGCAUAGCAUCAUUCCAGAUCUCCGAUGCUGCAGCCCGUCGGAGCCCCUCCCUCGGCAAGCUCUUGGUGCCCAGAAGGAAGGCUUUGAAUGGCCUCCCUGUCGGAUCCUAGCCCAGCCCCAGGGCUCUGUGUCAUCAGGAUGAUGAGCGGAGCCUGCCAUGGAGACUUGGGGCCUCCAGUCCCCAGGAACGGAUGGGAGACCCUUAGAGCGCAGUGCUUGUCUUCUUGUUUACAGUGCUCCUUUUGAAAAUGAUUUCGAAGAGUCAAUGUUAUAGCCCUUUAAUGAUUGCAGUAUUAUUUCUGAACCUUAUGUAGGUUGCCUCCUGGGCUUCUAAAAACCCAAAUGCUCUGUAGGGGCGCAGCCAGGAGGGGAGGCCUGGCCCUUCUAGUCCAGCCUCUGCCCCUGCCUGCUCCAUGUCAGCAGGCCAUCACCCAGGGUGUAUCCUGCUCCACUGAGACAGGUGGCAACCCCUUAAGUUAUAUUUCUUUGAUUUUUGUUACUUUAGAGCUUCCGAGUUUUUUGUUUUGCUGUCUUUUUGAAGAAACACAUGUAACUGGAUAGCAUUCGCAGUGAGCUCAGCACAGGCCCUGGGACUGAUGCCAGCUGCGCUUCCUGUCCCCAGGGACUAACCCACCCUGCCCUGGGUCUCUGCCUUGGCCAUGUGGGUGAGUACCUGGUGGGGGGGGAGGGGCGCACGGAGGCUACUGUCUGCUCACAGCUGCUGCAGGCCCCGAGGACUCAAGGGGACUCCCCUCUCUAUUUGGGGUCGUUUUUGCACAGACUCCGGAAAGUGAAGGCUGCCAAUCCGAGGAGUACUCAGACAUGCGGAGCUGCUGGUCUUGGGUUUCCAUUGAAUUCAGCUGAUCAUAUUGAUCAGUAGAUAAACGUAAAUAGCUUCAAAUUUUAAAAGUCAAAUUGCAGUGUUUUUUCACUGUAUCAAACCAUGUCAGUGCUUUAUUUAAUAAUUCUCUGUCUCAUGGCAUUUGUCUACUUGCUUAUAUAUUACAUUGUCAAUUAUACAUUUGUAAUUUUACAUGGAAUAUGCAUUAUUUGCCAGUUUUAUUAUAUAGGCUAUGGACCUCAUGUGCAUAUUAGAAAGGAAUCUAGCUCUACCGCAAGUUGCACAAAUGUUCCCUAAACAUUAAGUAAUUGUAGAACAUAGGACUGCUAAUCUCAGUUCACUCUGUGAUGUCAAGUGCAGAAUGUACAAUUAAUUGGUGAUUUCCUCAUACUUUUGAUACUACUUGUACCUGUAUGUCUUUUAGAAAGACAUUGGUGGAGUCUGUAUCCCUUUUGUAUUUUUAAUACAAUAAUUGUACAUAUUGGUUAUAUUUUUGUUGAAGACGGUAGAAAUGUACUAUGUUUAUGCUUCUUACAUCCAGUUUGUACAAGCUGGAAAAUAAAUAAAUAUAACAUGAAGCCUUGCCGAUACUCUUAA